AUGUCUAUUUCAGCACGAUCACGUCACCGUAUUGCGGAAGAUAUGUUGAUAGAAGUCUUUGAAGCAACUUCUCACACAACCAUAUCUUCCGCAAUACGACGACAUGAUCGUUCUGAAAUAGACACAACUGGCCGCCGUUCAAUUUUUCAAGUACGUGGAAUUUCAUACCCGCCACGACGACGCGCGAAAUCUAAUAAACAAAAUUCCCAAAUCGAAAACGACGAAAACGAAAUUUUCGAAGAAGUCAUUCGAAUUCUUGAAUCACAUAUUGACGGAAUUGAACAAAAGAUAAAUGUCUUAACCAAAUCCACUAUCAUUCAAAACUCCUCGGAAAAAAUUUCUGAUAAAUCGAAUACUAAAGACAGCAAGUUUUCGGAGUUGAGCACCGACGAAUUAUUGAAAUUAACACAGAAUUUGGGUUUACUUAAUAAUAAUUAUAUGGAACAGAAUACAGAACUAAUAGAGCAGCAAAAUGAAGAGCAGGAACUAAAAUUACAGCCAAGACAAUUUGACUUUGUCUUUAGUUGGUGUAAUAUACCUUUAAAUGAUUUUAAUAUAUAUUCGACAAGCGAAUUAGGGGUCGGUGUCCAGCGAAGAAAGAGACGUAGUUACUUUGAUGACUGGAAUAUUGUUGAGAUUCAGUGGCUUGCGGACGCAGUUGAUUCAACUAAAAUCUUAUAUGCACAUGCGGUGGUGAUGCUCCAAGCAAAAUUUUCUUGGUUCUAG